AUGGGGAUAAGGUUCUUUGUGACACUGGCCAUAUUAGGCACCAUCCUCAUUCACUGUUCCAACCCAAAGGCUCCACUCAACACAAAUAGAUUUUACUGUGGCCCAUGUCCUGAGAACUGGAUUUGUUACAAAAAUAUCUGCUAUUUCUUUUCUAAUGAAAUGAAAACUUGGAAUCAGAGUCGAGCUUCCUGCCUAUCCCACAAUUCCAGUCUCCUUAGGAUAUAUAACAAAAAGGACCAGGAUUUUCUUGCAAUGAUAAAAUCAUAUUAUUGGAUGGGCUUAAUACAAUCUACAUCUGGUAAAUCCUGGAUGUGGGAAGAUGGCUCACCUCUCUCUCCUCACCAACUUUCUUUGGUUACAAUGGAAAAAGCAACCUGUGCGGUGUAUGGCUCCAGCUUCACAGGCUACACAGAGAACUGCUCAAUCCCAAAUACUUACAUAUGUAUGCAGAAGCAUAACAGCUCAUUCUCUUCCACCUUACCUCUCUCUACUUGGGGUACAUACUGCUCUACCUAAAAGAGAAGAAUGAUGAUACAGAAUGAACUCACCAAGAAACCUUACCAGAUAUAAAAUGAAUAAUUUUCACUAUAUUAAAUUAAAAGGUUUUGUAUAAACUAAAUCAAUAUAAAGAAGAUUAGAAGGAAACAACAAACUGAGAAAUAUUUUUAUAACAAAUUUCUCUGAUAAAGGACUCAUUUCUAACUAAGACAAAUUUAUAAGAAUACAAGUCAUUUCCCAAUUGACAAAUGUCAAAGAAUAUGAGCAAGCAGUUUUCAGAUGGAGAAAUCAGUUAUUGAUAAUCAUAGGAAAAAAUGUUUUAAAUCAUAUACCCAUUUCUAGUCAAAUAUUAUAUAAUAGUGGUAAUGGGCAUCCUUGCUUCAGUCCUGAUCUUAUUGGGAAGACUUCUAAUUUAUCCCCAUUGUAGAUGGUACUUGUUGAUGGUUUUAGAUAGAUACUAAUUUUGCAUUCAUUAUUUAAGGAAAGGGUCUUCUAUUCCUAUGCUUUCUGGUGUUUUUAAUAAAAAUGGGUGUUGUAUUUUGUUGAAAAAUUUUUCUGUGUCUACUGAGAUAAUCAUGUGAUUUUUGUUGGUUUGAUUAUUGAUAUGGUCAAUGAUGCCGAUAGCUUUCCUGAAAUUAAACCAUACUUACAUUCCUGGCAUAAAUCCUACAUGAUCAGAGUGAAUAAUCUUAUGAUAUAUUACUGUAGUCUCUUUGCUAGUAUUUUAUUUAUUUAUUUAGUAAUUGGCAAAGACUUUUGAACAAUACUUGGGGGCAAGAUGGAAAAAUGUGGACUAAACAGUUAGGGAUUAAGAAAUGUUUUAAUGACCAGAUCCAGUGAUGCAAUGUCAAAGUGGGAGGAGAUUUAUAGUAGAGUCCCUCUGGGUAUUUACAUAAUCUUUUGCUGCUGAAUUUUUUUUAAUAAAGACAUAGCUGUUUAUCAAAUACAAAAAUGACACAAAGUUAGAGAAAACAGUGACUAAUCACUAAAUGAGAGACAGGAUCCAAAAAUGUCUCAAUUAGCUAAUAUAUUGGUCCAAAUCUAACAAGAUUAAAGUUUAUAAAUUAAGAAAUUUAGUGUGUUAUCUUUUCAUUUGAGUUCAAAAAUGAACUUCACACAUAUAGGCAGGAAAAGAGGUAACAAAAAAUAGUUCAUCCAACUAAAAUCUAGGGAGGAGUUAGUGGAU